AUGCGUCGACCCGAACCCUUGAAGACAGAUAUCUCAAGGUACAAGGAUACCGAUGAAGCUUCCUUUUUGAGAUGGUUUGUCGAGUUAGACGACGCCAUCAGGGUCCUCCACAUUGAGGGUGACGAGACGAAAGUCACCUUUGCCCUGUCAAAUUUGACAGGACGCGCAAAGACUUGGGCCUUAGGGCUCAAACUUCACGACCCAAACGUGUGCGAGUCGUUAGAGAUCUUGAAGUCUCGGCUUAAAGAAACGUUUGAGCCGCCAAGAUCCGAGUUCAGAGCACGCUCUGCACUCCUAAGGCUCAAGCAAGGUAAGCGUGAUUUGCACGCUUAUACACAGCACCUGCGCUACCUUGCAAGUAGCGUCACGGGAAACCCUGUUGAUGAGCACACGCUCAUCAACGUGUUCAUCUACGGUCUUGUGGAUGGGCCGGUGAAGACCAACAUGUUCCGAGAGGAUUUCCAUACGCUGGAAAAGGCGAUAGCGUGUGCGGAACAAGAAGACUUCAGCCUGAGACAGUCUCAGGCUAACUCGUCCAACUAUCGUCCGACGAGACGACAGGAAACAGGAGGUCCGAACCUGUGGACCUCUGUCACAUCGAGAUCGAGAACUCUCACUCUCUGA